UCUACCCUUCAUUCCCGCUGUCUGUGCCCGAUCUCUCUCCUCCUCUCCCGGCGAACAGCAAAACCCUAAUCAGAGCUCGACCUCGGAGCUUCGUCAAAUCCCCUCGGUCAAAGUCUUAAUCUUUCCUCCAUUAUCAAUCAACCCCAUCGUAUCCAACCUCAUCUCCUCUUUGUCGAGCUCGAAAUCGGCAUCCGACAAUGCCUCCGAAGCAGCAGUCGAAGGCGGAUUUGGCGAAGAAGCAGAAGGUAGUGGAGGACAAGACCUUCGGGCUGAAGAACAAGAACAAGAGCAAGAACGUCCAGAAGUACGUCCAGUCCCUCCACCUGACUGUGCAGGCGAAGCCCGACCCGUCUAAAAUCGCCGCUAAGAAAAAGAAGGAGGAAGAGAAGGCUAGAGAGAAGGAGCUGAAUGAUCUGUUUAAAAUAGCUGUCAGUCAGCCCAAAGUUCCAGUUGGCGUUGAUCCCAAAUCUAUACUAUGCGAGUUUUACAAGGCGGGCCAGUGUACUAAGGGUUUUAAGUGCAAGUUCUCCCACGAUUUGAAUGUUCAGAGAAAGGGCGAGAAGAUUGAUAUUUACAGUGACAAGCGCGAUCAAGAAACGAUGGAGGAUUGGGAUCAAGAAACUCUGGAGAAGGUCGUUGAAUCAAAGAAGAAUGAGUAUAAUCAGAAUAAGCCCACUGAAAUUGUCUGCAAGUAUUUCUUGGAAGCCGUGGAAAAGAAACAAUAUGGUUGGUUUUGGGUCUGCCCUAAUGGUGGCAAAGAUUGCCAUUAUAGACAUGCUUUACCACCGGGAUAUGUUCUAAAAUCUCAGAUGAAGGCGCUUAUCGAGGAAGAAGCUGAAAAGAUGCCUAUUGAGGAUGAAAUUGAGGAUCAGCGUUCAAAAUUGACUAAGUCGACUCCAAUGACUCCUGAGUUGUUCAUGGAGUGGAAGACGAAAAAGACAGAAGAACGAGAAGCUGGUUUGGCUGCUCUACGAGCAGAAAGGGCCAAGAAUGACCGAAUGAGCGGUCGUGAGCUGUUUCUCUCAGAUGCUAGCUUGUUCGUCGACGAUGCUGAGGCUUAUGAGAAGUAUCAAAGGGAGGAAGAACCUGAGGCGGCCUCAGAGAAAGCUAAAGAGAAUUCGGCGCAAAGUGAAGCAAGCUCUUCAAGGGAAGGUGCUGCAGCUGAUCCUGGGGAAACCCUGCCCGAAGAUGAUGACGAUGACGAGUUGGACAUGGAUGAGUUGAAUGAACUCGAAGCGAGUUUGUCAAGAACUUCAAUUCAAAUUCGUGAGCCCGGUAUUGAGGCAUGAGAGAGAGGUGUGGAGGUUCGGUUCUUGAUGAGUUGAGAGUGUCUGGUGACUUUUCUGUUCUGGGGGACCCUUAUGAUUCUUUUGGUUUUAGGGGAUGACGAGUUUUGAUUCGGGUUAUUCCUUUGUACUCGAAUAAUGUAAUUAUCCUCAAUAUGAAGGUGGCGAAAGACCUAUGACCAGAUAGAGGGUUGCAAAAUCUCUCUAUGAUUCAAAAGGGAGUCAAACGUGAACAAGACCAUGAGAAAAGAAUUUUGAACGAGGGAUUCCAAUGUGA